AUGUCUGACGUCAAGACCCUCGAAGUCCUGGACGACUCGGCCCUCGGCGAGGGUAAGAUGAAGGCUGUCGAGUUUGACGGCGGAAAGGUCCUCCUCUCCAAGAUCAACGGCGUUGUCCACGCUACCUCGGCUCACUGCUCGCACUACGGCGCUCCCCUCGAGAAGGGAGUGCUUUCCUCGGACGGGCGCGUGGUUUGUCCCUGGCACAACGCUUGCUUCAACGUCACCACUGGCGACAUUGAGGACGCUCCCGGUCUUGACUCGCUCUACAAGUACAAGGCGGAGGUCAAGGAUGGUAAGAUCCUUGUUUCGGCACCCCAGUCUGAGAUCAAGUCCAAGGUCGGCCGUGUCAUCUCCAAAGCCCGCUCGCCGUGCGCGGCGACAACCAAGCAGAAGGUCGUGAUUGUGGGUGGUGGCUCUGGUGGUAUCAACACCAUCGAGUCACUCCGCGAGCACAACUUUGCUGGAGACAUUGUCCUUGUUUCCAAAGAGGAUUAUGCUCCUAUUGACCGCACCAAGCUUUCCAAGGCGCUCCAGGACGACGCCAACAAGCUCACAUGGCGUACGGUGGAUGAGCUCAAGGAGGACUUCGGAGUCGAGCUUCACCUCAAUACAGAGGUCACGGCGAUCGACCCUGGUGCUCAGACUGUGACCACUGCUGCCGGCACGAUCAACUACGACCACCUCGUUCUCAGCCCAGGCGCCAACCCCCGCAAGAUCCCCAUCCCCGGUGCCGACCUCGAGGGUGUGGUCACCAUCCGUACCCCUCACGACAUCAAGAAAAUCACGUCGAGCCUCUCAAAAGACGCCGACGUUAUUAUUAUUGGCACAUCCUUCAUCGGUCUCGAGGCUGCGGGUGCCAUUGCCAAAAAGGACCACAAGUCGCUCACCGUCGUCGGUGUUGAUGAGAUCCCCUUCGAGGCGAUGCUCGGCAAGGACCUCGGACUGUCGAUUGUCAAGAGCCUCGAGGGCCAAGGCAUCAAGUUCCACCGCGGCGUUAAUGUCGAGAAGAUUACGGCUGGCGCCGACGGCAAGGUCGCGCAGUUGCACGUCAAGGGCAUCGACCCCCUGCCGGCCACCAUUGUCAUUAUGGGCACGGGUGUCGCCCCCGCCACCCAGUUCCUGAAGGACACGUUCAAGUUGGAGAAGGACGGUGGUAUCACUGUCGACGAGUAUCUGCGUGUCCCUGGUGUGAAGAACGUGUACGCUCUCGGCGACAUUGUGCACUACCCCCAGUUCCCCGCCGGCAACUCGCGCCGCGUGGAGCACUGGAACGUCGCUGGCAACCACGGCCGUCAUGUCGGCAGGACGAUUGCCACGCCCGACAAGGACUGGGCAUUCAAGCAGGCGCCUGUGUUCUGGUCGUCGGUGGGCAAGGGUCUGCGUUACGUCGGAACCGGCGAGGAGUUUGAUGAGUCGUACCUCGACGGCUCUGCUGAGGAUCUCAAGUUUGUUCUCUACCAGGCCAAGGCCGGUAGGAUUGUCACUGUCACCUCUAUGGGUCGUGACCCGAUCGUGGCCAAGGCGUCUGAGCUCAUCCGACUCGGUGCCAUGCCCACUCUGGAAGAGGUCAAGACCGGCAAGAGCCUCCUUGAGAUCAAAGCAUAG